ACGUGAUCAAGACGAAAUUAGCGACUACUGGUCUGUAGGGGUGAGGCAGUUUGUAGAGCUCCACCCCGCAAACCCUCGGGAUCUGGCUUGGGCAACAGAAGAGCAAACGACCCGAGCAGCAAUAAAGAUGGCGCCCCCAAUGAUCGAUCCCUCGCUGUUUGACCAGCUCAAGUCUAAGAUUGAGGAGGAUACCAGCAUCCGAAAGGAACUGGACCAAAUCGUCGAUGACCUGAACCAGCAUGUCUCGUUUACCCAGGGCGUGCUUUCGCGGAUACACUCGACGCCGCGGUCAAAGUACGCAAGCCUGCUUGGUCAGGUGCAGGACGGCAUCAACAAGGAGAUCGAGACCGUCGGCAAGCUGGCGGCGUUUGCGUCUCAGUACCCGUACUACAAGUAUAACCACAAAUGGUCGCGUACGGUCCAGGAUGCCAUCUCCACGGUCAUACUCUGUGCCUGGCUGGGUGGCUUGUCGACCGAGUCGAAGCCGGGUGAGCUCGGUCGUCUGUUGACCCUGGAGGAUGUUGGACAGGUCUUCAACGUGCCCGUGAACCUCAAGGACCGGGACGCGUUCCACAUCACCAUCGAAGAGUACCUUCUGGGCUUGAUCGCCGUGAUCGAUGAGCUCAGCCGGCUGGCAGUCAACUCGGUUACGCUGGGGGACAAUGCCAUGGCCGUGCAGAUCAGCGGGUUCAUCAAGGACCUGCAUGCUGGAUUCCAGGUCCUGAACCUCAAGAACGACAUUCUGAGGAAGCGGGUGGACUCGAUCAAGUAUGCCGUCAAGAAGGUCGAGGAUGUGGUUUACGACUUGUCGCUGCGCAACUUGAUCCCGGCACAGGACGCUCAGUGAGGGGCUUGCGAGCCCGGAUUUUGUAUUAUGAAGCUACAGAAUUACUCAACUUUUCAUUUGGCAUUCUCUUUACUUUUCCCCCUCUGCCGGCAUUGACCUGAGAGGAAGAAAACCCCCUUUGUCGUUG